AUGGGUCGGCUCGACCGGAGUGAUACCACGGCCUCACAGAAGACCGGCGUGAAACAACCUCAGCGUUGUGUUUCGCCGUUAUCGGAUAUCGGGCACAAUAUAAUCCAGGAUGCGUUCCUCAUUGCCGUGGAGGAGCAGGCGCGGCAGCGCUUGCAGCGGCUCUCAGCCCUCAAGCGGAUCACGCCUGUUGACAUGUCCAAACUCUCUGUAGAGCUAAACCGCAGAAAACGAACUCAGCCGGAAAACAGACAAGAGCUAAACGGCUACAUAGCGAACUCGACCGUUUACGUCACAUCGAUCAACGAGAACGGAGCGAUCGAGAGCAAGCCCACCAUAUCCUCUCCGAAAGCCCAACCCAAAUCCCUCCAGGCGAAGCCGGCCCCAGUCAUAGCUAACGGAAUCGACAAAAAGAAAGAGAAAGACAUAAUAAAAGAAGAAGAUAAAGUGGAACCGGAGAAACACGAAGGUGACGCGAGUGAAAAAGUUAAAGUGGUCUGUGAAAGUGAUAGUGGUGUGGUAGUGGAUAGGGAUAUUAGUGACGCGUAUAGUGUGGCUAGGGAGCACCUGAACAACGGCAGGAGCGAGAAACUGAUUGGGGAACAGCCUGACCAUAGGAUCAGGGCUACUGCCAUCGUCGAGAACAAUAAACUCGGACCAGGAGAAAAUCGGUGA